AGAUAACAUGCGAUCUUCAUUUCUAUGCCCUUUGACUUGCUUCCUUGAUUCAAAAAUGCCAUUGUCUGGUUACAUUAUAUUCUCAGCCUUUGAUGCCCUUUGUUGCAGUCCGCUGAUUCUGUUUUGUGUCGCAAGAGCCCUAUAUAAACCGCAUGUCAAGCCCAGCGCCAUGGGCAUCAAUGAUAGAAUCCCCGCCACAAAAACACAUCUAUGGUCCUUUCUCGUCUUAAUCCUCAAUUAUGUCUCUCACGAGGUUGCCCCCAGAGCUGUUCAGUAUGGUUGCUGCGCAUUUGAGCGGGUGGGAUUUGCUUUCUCUUUAUGCGGUGUCUGUAGGAGUCAUGACGAAAAUACAUAGUCUUCCUGAUUGGAUUAUGGCUCGCUCACUGCGCGUUCUGUGCACGGAUCUUUCCAAUCGGAGCCUCUCCCAAAUGCAUGGAAUCGCGCAGAUCGACAUACUGCGCAAGCACGUUCAAGUCAUGAGGAUCGAGCCACCAUUUGGGCCCUUGUACCCACUGCAUAGGGUAACUACGCACGAGUUGAUCGAGCAACCCACCCAGAUCCCGAGCAUCAAGACCCUGAAAAAUGACCUCGUGUGCUCGCUGACGAACUGCAGAAGCUUCGAGAUCUGCCUCAACAGGCACGAAGGACGCCGCACAUAUCUCGACAGCGACGACGUCCUCAACGUUUUGCUGCACAUCUUCGUCGAGGCCGCGCUCCCCGUGGAACACCUAUCAUUAUAUACGCACAAUUUCGCCGAAGAGCUCAGGGAGUCCAGACGAGCCCGGCCGGAUACUCAGGAUAAUACUCGCGUGCACAAGCAGCCGGAUCUCGCGCGCGCCUGGUCCAAACUCACCUCCCUGCAGGUCACGCAGCCCUACUACUACCACCUCGCUAAUUACCUCUACAGGCUCCUUCCGCGCAUCCUGCGGACCGCGCCCAAGCUGGAAAGACUGAUCCUCAUCGGCGAUGCCAACUCGGCGAAGUCGAGGUCACUGGUCUGCGUGCUCAAGAACGUCAAGCCGCUGGCGGAGAUCAAGCAUCUCGAGAUCCGUCGCUCGGCUUUCCGGCCCGAGGACUUUGAAGAGUGGUUGCCGUUGAUCGGUCGCCAUCUGAGGUCGCUGAAGUUCUCCAUGUGCUCUAAGAUCUCGGCUGCCUCGUGGACUCGGUUCUUCAGGUGUGUGCGGAAAAACUGUCCCUUGUUGGAGGCUGUUGCAUUCGAGGAAAUGCAGGUUGGUGGCUUUAGCUGUCUGACGGCCAAGCAUGAAGGUCAGAGAAUGGCUGCGGUGUUGGACAAUAUUUCGUGGAGGUUCGAGAAGGCUGAACAGGAUUGUUGA